AUGAUGGAAUUUGAUGCUGGAUGGGAUAAAGAACCAACAUUGAAAAAUUGGAAAUCAUUUUUUGUGAACAACACCAUUAGUUUUUGUGCUGCAAGUACACUAAUUGGUUGUUAUCCGUAUAUCAAAUAUCAUUGCACGAAAGGACCGUGGGAGGAUUUCAGCAUCGAAAAUCGUUUUUAUAAAUUUAUUACAGUUUUGAAUUGUGGAUUGCCUUGUCUGCUGUACGGAUUAGCGGCACGAACUUUUAUCCGGCAUACUGAUUAUAUUGUGGACAAAAAUACGGGUCAGAAAGUUGCAAUCAAAUUUUUGCUUAAAGAACUUCACAGUUAA